CGUCAUUGUUUAAAGGAUUUAUUAUUCAUAUUAUUUCUACUGGCCUCGGUAAUAAACGAAUUGACAUAUUUCAGAAACUUCUUGGUGACAAUGGUGCUGAAGUUGAAUUUUUUGAUCCUAAAACAAUUAAGAGAGCGACACAUAUAUUAACCGUUUUAACUCAAAGACAAUUAUCAAAGUUAUUUUUGGAGAAUAAAGUUACUUUAAAUCAAGAAACCAAAGUUCUCACUGCCGACUGGUUUUCUGAGGGACUUAAGCGCAAAGAGCUUGUAAACCCGACUAAAUAUGAGAUUAAAGUCGAUAAUAAAUACAUUUCAACAAGAAAGAAUCGGGUUGGAACACAACAAAAGGAACAUCAUGCGGAAGAGUCUGAGUCCCCUAAGCAGAAUAAAAAGGAAAAAGUUUCUGCUUUAGCUAAAUUUAAGGAAGCUACUACACAAAAUAGUGAAAAUUUAAAAAUUAUAAAUAAGCUUUCAGAGAUGAUGAAAGCUUACGAGGCCACUGGAGAUGUGUGGAAAGCUACUGUCUACAAGAAAGCAAUUGGUCGAAUUAAAGCACAUGAGGAACCAAUCAAAAGUAAAGAAGAAGCGAUAAAAAUUCCAGGAAUUGGGAAAAAUAUAGCCGCUCAUAUUGAAGAAAUUCUUGAGACAGGAGAGCUUGAAAAAUUGGACCAUGUCGACAAGGACGUUGGUGUUUUUAGCACUUUUACUAACAUUUGGGGAUGCGGCCCUAAAACUGCGCGGCAACUGUAUAACAAAGGGUACAGAACUUUAGGUGAUUUAUCAAAAAGUGAUGAUUUAAAUCGCCAACAGAGAAUUGGCUUGAAAUAUUAUGAAGAUUUCAAUACGAGUAUUCCGCGCGAAGAGGUUACUGCUUUAGGAGAGUUUGUGGAAAAACAAGCUAAAGAACUCAAUUCCUCUGCCAAAUUAGAGUUAUGCGGUUCUUAUCGCAGAGGCAAGAAAUAUUGCGGAGAUGUAGACAUCCUAAUGGCCGUCCCCCACUACGAAACUAAAGAAGAAUACACCGCGUUUUUCAAAAAGCUUAUAAGUAAACUCGAGGAUACAGGGUUUGUAAAGGACACACUUUCCAUGUCGGACAGAGGAACGACGCAGCUUAUGUACUUGGGCGUGUGUCGUGGGCCAAAUUAUAAGCACCACAGGAGGAUUGAUAUUGUAAUGGUUCCUGCGAGUGAGUGGGCCUGUGCAUUAAUAUACUUCACGGGGUCGGAGUUCUUCGGGAGAUCCAUGAGAAGUUUAGCUAAAAAGGAAAGAAUGUUAUUAAGCCAACACUCUUUAAGAAAGGACGUACAACGUUAUUAUAAAAAAAUUACUAAUUCCGGAAAACGUCUAGACACGCCAACAGAAGAGAGCGUUUUUGAAGCUUUGGGAGUACCGUUUGUGGAACCUUCAAAAAGAGACGAUUUGGAUAUUAAUGCUGCUUUGCAAUAAU